AUGGCCGCCAUUUUUGUAGCAUUUACUUUGGUGAGUUCGUCUUGGUGGAGCACCUCUGGCCUCGCUCAUGGUCAAGAAUGUACUGAUGCGGCCCGUUUUGAGGAGCGUACACUCUACACGGGGCAACAGAAUCCUCCAUACCGCCUUAGUUGCUCCUUUCCCCAAACAAGUGGCGACCCACAGCCAAAGCCCACCUGGCUCAAGGACUGUCAGCCUCUUGGCGCCCAGCAGGGAAAUUCCUACCUUGAGUUUGCAAACAUCUCUCUGGAAGAUGGCGGGAAUUAUACCUGUUUUCAGCCCGGCAACAGUACAGCAUUAUUCACUGUGCGUCUCAUUGUUAAAGCAUCUAAGUGCAGCAGAGCUCCAGAGUUCCAGUUGAAUGAGGUUACGAGAAAGGUCUGGGCAAAGAUGGGAUCUACUGUGAAUCUAAAUUGCACCGCCCUACUUUCCUGGGACCCCAGCGACAAGCAAUGUGACUCCUCGCUGCAAUGGACAAAAGACGGGCAUCCUGUCAACCACUCCCUGCUUUUGCAAAACAACUCUUCAUGGUUUCUGGCUGGAGGUGAGCUGAUGAUGAGCAGUGUGCUGGUGGUCCACCUUAAGGCUUUAGAAGACUUUGGAAUGUACAUCUGCUCAUUGAGGAACUCUUCCUCUGCAUACAACCUGCUAAGAUCAAACAGCCCAAGCCACACCGCCGCCGUCACUGCGGCCUUCAUAAUACUCCUCCUGCUUGCCAUCGCAGCUGUCAUCUACACCAAGUGCCACCUAAACAUCAAACUGUGGUACCGCAACACUUACGGAGACUAUGAGAUAAAUGACGGCAAGUUGUACGACGCCUACAUCUCCUACGUGAACAAUGACUACGACAGGAAGUUCAUCAACUUUAUUCUCAAACCUCACCUGGAGAAUAAACAAGCGCAGAAGGUGCAUCUCAAUGAUAACGAUAUCCUGCCUGGUUUAGAACCUUCUGACGAGCUGCUAAUGAACAUCAGUCGCUCCCGGCGUCUUAUCGUGUUACUAUCUCACGCGUACCUCGAGCAGGACUGGUGCAGCAACGACUUCAGACGGGGCCUGCUGCACUUGUUAGAGCUGUGCCGGCAGCCCAUCGUUAUCAUGCUGGACGGUCAGCUAAAGCGCAUGAGGCCCGAGAUCAAGCAGCAGCUUACUGAGCACCAACACUGUCUCACCAUUCUCACAUGGAGGCAGAACUCUGUGACUCCCUCCUCCACGUUCUGGAAGGAGCUGGCUUUAGCCAUGCCUCGCAGGAUGGUUUUUCACAGUGAGGCAGCGGGGGACCCCCAAAUGGUAUUACAUGAUGACAAAGACCCCAUGCUGACCCUUGACCCUGACUAUCUGGAUUGCCGCUCUGACACCGACCCCGCUGGAGACCUGGGCGUGCGCCUCCCCGUGUACAAGGCUAUGACCUCAAAGGCCCCAGUUCUCCCGGUUAUAUCCAGCAAUGUGCGAGAACCCAGAAACUUAGAUUUAGACGUGUCGGACCUGGAAACACGCCAGUAUGGAGCCCGUUCAGACUUCUACUGCCUGGUCACUAAAGAGGACAUCUGA